CGUACACAAUUUUAUCCCACGUGUUUGCUGCUGGAAUAUGUCUCAUUACAAUUUCAAGAAAAUUACCGUCGUGCCUUCUGCUAAGGACUUCAUUGAUAUUAUUCUGUCGAAGACACAGAGAAAGACUCCCACAGUCAUCCACAGACACUACAAAAUUGGUCGUAUUCGUGAGUUUUACAUGAAGAAGAUCAAGUUCACUCAACAGAAUUUUCAUGACAAACUUACGCAGAUUUUAUCGGAUUUUCCUGUUCUGGAAGAUGUCCAUCCAUUCUACAGUGAUCUUAUGAAUGUCCUUUAUGACAGAGACCAUUACAAACUUGCUUUAGGACAGCUGAAGACAGCAGUACAUCUCAUUGAUAAUGUUGGCCGGGAUUAUGUUCGUCUGAUGAAGUAUGGAGACUCUCUGUAUCGAUGCAAACAGUUGAAGAUUGCAGCAUUGGGCAGUUUGAUACUAUUGCAUUAUCGUUGA